UUUUUUUUUUUAAUACCAUAGACAGUUUGAGACUGCUGCUGGCUGUCUGCAGAAAACGAAAAAGGCUGAAAAAAUAUUUUAGUUUUAUUAUUCAGGAAGCGUGCCAUAAUGUUAUGUUAAAGAUUAAGACUAUCAGAACUGGAAAUGGCUUUCGUGGAGAAUAUUCCACCGCUUCACGCGGACUCUGAGAUGGAAGAAGGCGAAAUCGUGGAUGAUUUAUCAGAUAUUUCAUCAGAGGAAGAGUUUCUGUUGCGUCAGAGACUGCAAGUACUAGAAAAUUACAACAAUGUCCUUGAACGUAAGAAAGCUAAACGAUCUUCCAUAGGGCCAGGUAACAAACAUAGAAAGGAUGAUGCAUUAUUAGACUUAUCAGAAAUAUCAGCGACUGAACUAGAAGACUAUUAUUCUCAUGCACCACAAAAACCUAAAGUUCAAAAACGUCAAAAGAUACAUCAUAGACAAAAAAGAAAAAAAGUUGAGCCAAUUUUAACUUCCAUAAAGACUAGAGAAUACAAGAGAAAAAAUCAUUACACCAAAAAGAAAUUAGAAGUAAAAAUUAUUAGUGAAUCAAGUGAGGAAUCUGAAGAUGAAUACAGAAAUAGACGAAGAAAGUUGGCUAAUGCCGUAGUAGUAAACAAAAAUCCAAGCAAAAAUGACAAAACAUCAUUGAGUGAAAGACUUCAAAAAAUGCUUAGUGGUGUCAAUCCAGAACCAAUGAAGGUCAUCCCAGCAGAAAAAACGGUAAAUAACAAAAAUGGCACCAUUUUAGAACAAACCGAAUUAUCACCCAUCUCCACACUAGAUGCUGAAGAGCAAAACCAAGAAAAAACAAGUUCAUGUGAAUUAAUAGACCUAUGUACUGAUGAAGAUAGCAAAACUAUGACAACAAUUUUACCACAGGAUACUGUAGAUUCGGUUAAUAAAGACAUUAAAAACAAUGAGGAUGCAAAGAAAGAAUCUGAUAGGGAAAACAUUUCAGAAAAAGAUUCUGAUGAAGAUCUAGAAAUGCUUCGGCAACAUGCACUCAAAACUAAAACUGCCAAAGCAAAUUCAGUUCCAAAUGAAGUACAACCUGAAAACAAAAUGUCUGAGGAUGAAGAUAGUGAUACUGCAGAACUGAGAUUGAUCUGUCUUAAAUCUGCACUACUUAAGAAAGCUAUUGAAAGGAAACAAAAGCAAAAAUUGAAAAAGAAGUUAUCCCAAUCCCAAUCAACCAACUUUCCAGAUGACUUACUUAAUUCAAAUAACAAUACAGAUAUAGAAUCUGUAGAUAUGGAUAUUGGGUCAGAUGCUGAUGACAAACCCAAAGAAGAUAAUGAUGGAAGUGCCAAAAUUAAUGUUAUAGAAGAAAAUAGCACGCCAGAGGCAACAAAAGCUUUAGAAAAAGACAUUCCUAAACAAAAGGUUCCUGAUGCAGAUGAACUUGAAGAUGAUGAAGACUUGUUGCGUGCUAAACUGCUGACUUCCCUUAGCAAAAAUCUACCUAAUCUGGUAAAUCCUAAUAUAAUUGAUGCUUUAGAGAGCAUUCAAGAACCAAGACCUAUUUCACCUAAGCCACCCCAAAUAAAACCUGUUGUACCUGCUGUUGUAGUACCUGAAGAAAAGAGAUUUAUUAUUACUGUUGGUGAGUCUGAUUCAGAGGGUGAACAUGAAGCUACUAAGAAUUUAACUAAAAUGCAUAUGAAACUAUCAGAGCAGAUAGACUUCCAGCAGAGACUAGAUGUAUUUUUGAAAAGUACUAGAAUGGAAGUCGAGAAGACUAGGUUGCCAGACGUCGUUCAGCAACCAGCUCCCGUGAAGAAAAAUGAGAAGUUUGUUGCUAAGGCUGUUAAACAUUUGCCAAAGUCGGAGCAAAUUGAGUACAAAAAUCUCGUGAAAAGAAUGGCAGAGUUAGAAAAGAUAAAACAAGCUAGGCAGACAACAAUCAAUCUAAGCAAUAAAGUUUCUGUACCAAACAAAGAUACGUUAAAACCACGAAAUACAGCUAUUGAUGCAACAAAGCUGUCUGCUAUAAAUAACUUGGAAGAAAAGAUACAAAAUUCAAGAAAACACAUAGCGGAGGAAUCUGCCAAGAUGUUAAAGUUAAAAGAGGAAGGUGUAAAAUUAUCCCAAAGAUAUAAAAUAGUAGCUACAGAACUUCGUAAUAUCAAGACUGCCAUUACAUUGAACAAGAGACAAACAAGAUCUGUGCAAAAUUGUUUAACCAAAAUACGAUUGCACCAUCAAAUGUUAUUGAAAAGCUCAAUGUCUUCCGCACAUUCCAAAAUCAACGGCAAUUUGCCUCCACUAAAUAGGAUAAAUACGAAAUUGCAAAAAGAGAAUAAUCCUAUGAAAGAAGAUCAGAAAACAACUAUAGUCAACAAAAAUAUUAAAAUUAUUUCAAAAGAAAACAAUUUAGGUAAAGAGGAACCUAAAAACGUGGUACAUAAACCUGUUAAAGAUAGUAAUCCAAGUACAGAAGAAAUUAAGAAUUCUUUAGUAAAUAAACCUACAAUAGAGACCAAUCCUCUAAGAGAAGAAAUUGGGGAUCCUGUAGUACAUAAACCAAUUAAAGAUCCCAGUCUGGUGAAAGAACCUGCUAAUCCAGCAAGGAUAGUAAAGGUAGUUAAACCACCAGUCGUAAUGCAACAGUCUAAACUAUCUGUGCAGCUUGAUGUUACUAGUAAUAAAAAAGUUAUUACAGUGACGGACUGUAAAACUGAUGUGCAUAGUACCACGUUGUUUGUGGAUAACAAAAAUAUCAAUGAGGAUUUAAUCGAAAACCAGAGGCUAUCAAGUCAUCCACUCGUGGAAAAAGGUGGAGGGAAUAAAGAAAUAACAACUGAUUUUAGAAGACUUGAGAAUGAUGAUUACAGAUCACCUUUAGACGCUUUUGGGAGUUCAACUUGGGAGGGCGACCCGAACGCGAUCCUCUGCCCCUUCGAAGUCGGCGGCGACUGCAAGGACGCCGACUGCAUUUACCUCCACACCCCAUCCCGGUCUACCUGACACCCCACCUCACUUGCACAGUUCCGCCUAGACACAGUUACACUAAAAUGAGCUAUCCUAUCCCAUCCCCACUCCCAGAGAAGGCACAGGAUUCUACAACGAUGUGUAAAGUAUACAUCUCUUUUAGCUAACCCUUUUUAUUUUUCUAGCUUUGUGCUUAUAAGUUCUGUUUUAUGAGUCUCUGAAUUCCAAAUUGAUUUAUUAAUUUAUCCCUCUGUUAGUGUUCGCAAUUUUAGAUAUGCAUGUAGUAAGUCUAGUCAUAAUUCCAAUAACUUUUCCCUUUACCUUUUUUAUGUUGCCAUAAUUGUGGGUGCAUACUUAUGCUGCUUUUUUUGCUUGAGUGGGAUCAGCAAUUAACUUAAAACGUUCUGCACUUUAUGUUGUAUGUUUGUCCAAGUGUUAGAAACAGUUGUUUCAUAUAGAUUGCCUCUGAUUUCCCUUAGCAACAAAAGCGUUCUGUGUACCUAUAAAUGAAAACCAUACUGUGAUAUUUUUUUUUGUUUACAAAUAGUUACAAGUAAUCUUUAUUAUUUUAGUAUAACCACAAGUUGUUCAUUACGUAUCUUCGCAUGUCUACCCGCGACGAGGUGAUGGCAUUGUAAGAAUACGUUAUGUUCGCCGACAUACAUAUUUUAACAUUGUGUAAUGCAAUUUUAGUUGGCGAGAGCUCGUGUUCCUGCGUCUCUUCGGCAAUGGUGGUAAGUUUCGAGUAACUUUAUAAUAGUGCAUUUGUAGUGCUCUGGACACGUUACAAGUUUACAACACUACGGGACCCCCAAGCUCUGGUAAAGUGUUUUGUGUUACGUUCAAUAUAUCAACUUUAUACAUACUAUUAUUUUUUUCUAUAUUAUUGAUUUUAAAAACAUUGUACACAUGUAAAAAGUUAUUAAUAAAUGAUAAUAUUUAAAAUAUUGUA